AUGGGAGACACGGUGGAAAAAAGUUCAGAAGAACCUUUUGCUUCUUUUGAUGAUGAGAGCUCCAGGGAAAGCGGGGAUCUGGUUGAAAUCUUGAAUGGUGACAAGGUCAAAUUCGAUGAUACGGGACUCUCGUUAAUUCUUCAGAAGGGUCUGGAGAACCUCAGGGUGGAGAAUUCUCUCACGGAUGUCAUCCUGUGUGUGGACAUCAAGGAAUUCGCCUGUCACCGGGUGGUGCUUGCUGCCGCCAGCAACUAUUUCAGGGCCAUGUUUUGUAAUGAUUUAAAGGAGAAGUAUGAAAAGAAAAUCACAAUCAAAGGAGUGGAUGCAGAAACGAUGCAAAUUCUUCUGGACUACACAUACACAAGCAAAGUGCUGAUCACAAAACAAAAUGUUCAGAAGGUCCUGGAAGCUGCCAGCCUCUUUCAGUUUCUACGGAUGGUGGACGCCUGUGCCACAUUCCUCACUGAAGCCCUUCACCCAGAAAACUGUGUCGGAAUCCUGAGGUUGGCAGACACCCACUCCCUGGACCACCUGAAGAAGCAAGUUCAGGGCUACAUCAUCCAGAACUUCUCCCAAGUCCUGAAUCACGAGGAGUUCCUGGAACUUCCAGUGGACACCCUCCACCACACUCUGAAGAGUGACGACCUCUACGUGACAGAAGAGGCCCAGGUGUUCGAGAUGGUGAUGGGCUGGGUCCGUCACAAACCAUCAGAACGGCUCUCCCUCCUCCCCUUUGUGCUUGAGAACGUCCGCUUGCCGCUUCUGGACCCCUGGUAUUUUGUGGAGACGGUUGAAGCGGACCCCUUCAUUAGGCAGUGCCCUGAGGUCUUUGCACUUCUACAAGAAGCCAGAAUGUAUCACCUUUCAGGCAACGAGAUCAUUUCUGAGAGAACGAAGCCCAGGAUGCACGAGUUUCAGUCGGAGGUGUUCAUGAUCAUCGGAGGAUGCACCAAAGAUGAAAAAUUUGUGGCAGAAGUGACUUGCCUGGACCCGUUGAGACGUAGUCGUCUGGAGGUGGCUAAACUCCCCAUCACUGAGCAGGAAAUGGAGAGUGAGAACAAAAAAUGGGUAGAAUUUGCCUGUGUGACAUUGAAAAAUGAGGUCUACAUAUCAGGGGGUAAAGAAACACAGCACGAUGUCUGGAAAUAUAACUCCUCCAUCAACAAAUGGAUCCAAAUAGAAUACUUAAACUUUGGCCGGUGGAGACACAAAAUGGCAGUGUUAGGAGGCAAAGUAUACGUGAUCGGAGGAUUUGAUGGUUUACAGAGAAUCAACAACGUUGAAACAUAUGAUCCCUUCCACAACUGUUGGUCAGAGGCUGCUCCUCUCAUGAUCCACGUCAGCUCAUUUGCAGCAGCCAGCUACAAGAAGAAGCUGUAUGUGAUCGGGGGAGGCCCCAAUGGAAAGCUAGCCACAGAUAAAACUCAGUGUUACGACCCAUCCACAAAUAAAUGGAGUUUAAAGUCUUCCAUGCCGGUUGAGGCAAAAUGCAUCAAUGCUGUGAGUUUUCGUGACCACAUCUUUGUUGUCGGCGGGGCGAUGAAAGCGCUCUAUUCCUACAGCCCUUUGGAAGACACCUGGUGCUUGGUGACCCAGUUCAGCCAUGAACGAGCCAGCUGUGGGAUAGCCCCCUGCAACAACAAGCUUUACAUCACUGGAGGGAGAGAUGAGAAGAAUGAGGUGAUCGCCACAGUUCUGUGCUGGGACACGGAGAUCCAGAGACUGACGGAGGAGUGUGUCCUGCCCCGGGGGGUGUCUCACCAUGGCAGCGUCACCAUCAGGAAAUCCUACACCCACAUCCGGAGGACUGUCCCUGGAGCGGUCUCAGUUUGACCCUUGCAAAGCAGGGAGGUUGUGGAA